CAUAUGAAGGUUAAUGGUGCGUAAAGCAUUGGCUCACUUGGAUGUUUACUUUAUUUCCACAGAAGACUGCCAUGAUGGAAUAGCAUGACUGAACAGAAGCCAUGCUCGUCAAAGACUAUGGAGGAGACAGUUGAAGCAACCUGCAAAGUGCUGUAUGUAAGCAUGGAGGUAGGCGACAAUGGAGACUGGAAAUGUGUUAACAACUUACAAGUUCUCAUCCGGUUCUCAGAUCAGAGCACCAUGAAGUCCCACUCGGCAGUCUCGCUGUUCCUGCUCUUCACCUGGCUGGCAGCUGCAAAAGGUAGAGCCAGCAUGAGACUGCGGAGUACUGGCGACCAGAGGACAUUUGGGCCUCAGUCUGUGAAGAUUACUGGCAUAAAUGCUGUCAAAAUAGGAGUCUCCUACACUUUUGAGUGCUGGGCAGAGUGCUCCCCACCUUGUAGCUACACUUGGGAUGUGGAUGGAGAGGUCAUUAAAGGAAGUGGCAUCGACUUUGUUAUUCAUGAUCCAUCACCACCACAAGUUCUGAACUGUGUGGCAACAAAUCCAAGUACUGGAGAGAGGGCCAGCAUUAACAAAACUGUGGAAGUGGUCAGCGAGACUGUGGAAGUGGUCAGCAAAACUGUGGAAGACGUCAGCCAACAGAAACCAUUCGGACCACGGAAAGCAACAAUCAUCGGUAUGAAUGUGGUGCAAGUUGGAGUCACGUACCCUUUUGAGUGCAGUACACAGUGUGACCCAGCGUGUACCUACGCCUGGGAAGUGGAUGGCGAGACAAGAGAGGGAAACACCACAAACAUUGUCAUUCAUGAACUGCUGAGGUCAAAGCUUUUGACCUGCGUGGUGACCAACCCCUCCUCUGGAGAGUCCACCAGAGCUCAUCACUCUGUAAAAGUGGCAGAGGGACCAUCUGGUGUCAGCAUCAGAGCACCUGAAAUGGUGGUUAAUGGCUGGAACUACACACUUGAGUGCUCAUUUGAAAAGUGCUUCCCAUCCUGCAACUACACUUGGCUUGUCAAGGGCAAGAAAGUGGGAUUUGGCAGGGAACUGGUCUACACCGUGCCACUUCACAACACCAAACACGUUGUCAUUUGUCAAAGCCGAAAUACUCUCUCUGGGCUUUUUGCGGCCGGCAUAGCUACUCUUCAAGUGGCACAGGGACCCAAUGCUGUGAACAUCCGAGGACCAACCAACGUGAUGGUAGGGGACACGCUGGUCUACUACUGCUUUGCCGACUGCACCCCCAGCUGCAACAUCACCUGGAAUUACCAGGGCAAGACCCUGCACGGGACACCGGUGACCGUGCCCAUCAUGAGGCGCGGCAACAUGGUACUGGGAGAAAAGCUGGUGGUGGUCGUGAAGGACUUAUUCAACUCAGGGGAGCUGACGUGCACAACUGCAAACGCCCUGUCGGGCAAGUCCAUGAGCGCCAUCUACACGCUUAAUGUGACUGAUUCAGUUGCUGUCGUCCCCGUUCUUCCAACACCAGCCAUAGUGAACUAUACGUACUCCCUCCGCUGUGAUGGGGCUCUUCCAGGAUUCCACAGCAUUCAGUGGACCAGGUUCUGGAAGCCACUGUCCACUAAUGACAGAGUCCGCCUGAUGGAGAACAACACCACUCUUUCCUUUCAUCCACUCAGCCAGUUUGAUAACGGCCUCUACAACUGCAUUGUCACCCAGCAAGGAAAAGUUAUCCCCGGGAUUAUGCACACAUUGAAUGUUAUCUAUGGCCCAGUGAACCCUGAGCUAACUCUGGCCGAUAACAAUCCAGCGGACAGGGCCACCAUCCUCCGCCCUGGCUCAUCCGUGACGUUUUUCUGUUCGGCCUCGUGCUCCCCAUCCUGCACGUACGUUUGGGUUUUAAACAACGACAUCGUGGGCACCAACUCCACCUACUCCAUCAGUUCAGCCAGCUCAGCUGAUGAGGGUUCUCUUAGCUGUGUGGUUGCUAACUCUGAAAGCAAAGCCAACGUGUCCGUUCAGACCCAAAUUCAGCUGAUCGGUGGCCCAAAGAAUGUCACCAUCUCAGGGCCUAAGUCAGUGGCGGUGGGACAGAAAUCGACUUUUGAGUGCUCGGCUGUGUGCACCCCGCCCUGUAUGUACAUCUGGAACGCCUACGGGACAACACUGCACGGCAACAAGGUGGAGCUCACCGUCAGCCAUUCCGUGGCCACGGAGGACUUGGUCUGCAAGGCGAUAAACCUCGAGACUAAAGAGGCUGCCACUGCCAGUGUAACAGUUGACGUUACAGAUGCUGGCUGGUGUGGCUGCUAAGUGCUGGCUGUUUGUGGGAAGAAAUAAAGUUGAUAAUCUGUUUCUCAUUCUCUGGAUGUAUAAAGAAAUUAAUACUACUGUUUGCUGAUCCACAGAGGGAAGUUCAAAACAGGGCUGGUUCUUUGUAGAAUAAAAGUUCACGCUGUUUGUACACAAUUACAUAAAUCGAAUGUGUUGAGCAUUGUAAUUGAAGCAAAAUAUGCCAUUAGUAUGAUUAGCUGUAUGUACAGUAUGUAAUUCAUGACUCCAGAAUAGGUCAUCCAAUUGGAGCAGUUUUCAAAGCACAAAGUGAAUGACAUUUUGUUCUCAUACUGUUGUUUUUAUCGGUUCUCUAUUACAGUGUUUCUCAACCUUUUUUUAGGCAAGGCACCCUUUCAAUUCAUGAAAAAUUUCAAGGCACCCCAAACCAACAAGCCGUAACAUGGCAUUGCAUCUGAUACUACACAAGCUUAGAAAAGUAACACAUUUGGAGACGUCACACAACCUACGUUUGAAGCUGCAGCUUGCUGGGGCGACCUACAUUUACUUCAUUGUGCGUAAAUGGCAGACAAAAGAUUCCACUGACUAAGCAUUAAUUUAUUAAUUUAGACAAAUAAAUAUGAUAUUACACAAUUUAUUUAUCAGCCACGUUUCCGCGGCACCCCUGAAGGGGGCCUCAGCACCCUGGUUGCUGCUCUAUUAGUUAUGUCUUCAAACGUUUUCCCACAUGCAUUAUUUAAAAAAAACAGGGAAAAAAGAAAAAUAAGACACUAUUGUACUGACGGUUGAUGAUGAGAGCAUUGAAAA